UCGAGUCGGUCCUCCCGUGUCCUAGAGAGGGCUCGGAAGUGCCUGGGGCCCGCGAGAGCGCUUCCGGCCUGCCGUCCGCGCUUUUGUCCCGCCGGCGGCCGGGCUCCCGGGGCGCCGCCACAGCCAUGUCACAUUUGAAGAUGAGCACUGAGGAUGAAGAAACAAAUGAAUAUGUUGGAAAUCCAGAGUAUAAGUGGCUAAAAGUGGAAGGUCUUCACAAGGAUCAUAGGCAAGAAUCAAAGAUGGGUGAAGCUUGUGAUUGGGAUAGCAAGGUAAAGAAUCCACUGGAAAAGCCCAAGGGGAAAAGAAUGAAGGAAGACCUACGUGGCAUCAUAGAAAAGAUAAGUAAAACUAAGAACAUGGCAAAUAUAAAGACAGAAAAGGAAGAUGAAGCAUCUGAGAAAAGCUUACACUUGAGCUCAAAGCCUGUUACCAGCCAGACUACUCCUACAGAACAGAAAAACAAUGAACAAAACAAUUUUGUGGAGACUAUUAAUGGAAACUCUUACAGCAGUCUACAGCAGAAAACCAGUGCUGUUAAGAAUUCACAUAAAUGUGAUGAGUGUGGGAAAUCCUUCAAAUAUAAUUCCCGUCUCGUGCAACAUAAAAUUAUGCACACUGGUGAAAAACGCUAUGAGUGUGAUGACUGUGGAGGGACUUUCCGAAGUAGCUCCAGCCUUCGAGUCCAUAAACGGAUCCAUACUGGGGAGAAGCCGUACAAGUGUGAUGAAUGCGGGAAAGCUUAUAUGUCCUAUUCCAGCCUUAUAAACCAUAAAAGCACUCACUCUGGGGAAAAGAACUGUAAAUGUGAUGAGUGUGGAAAAUCCUUCAAUUAUAGCUCUGUUCUGGACCAGCAUAAAAGGAUCCACACUGGAGAAAAGCCCUAUGAGUGUGGUGAGUGUGGGAAGGCCUUCAGAAAUAGUUCUGGUCUCCGAGUCCACAAAAGGAUACACACAGGGGAAAAACCUUAUGAAUGUGACAUCUGUGGAAAAACUUUUAGUAAUAGCUCUGGUCUGAGGGUUCACAAAAGGAUUCAUACAGGUGAGAAGCCCUAUGAAUGUGAUGAGUGUGGAAAGGCCUUCAUUACUUGCAGGACACUUUUAAAUCAUAAAAGCAUCCACUUUGGAGAUAAACCAUAUAAAUGUGAUGAGUGUGAGAAAUCCUUCAAUUAUAGCUCUCUCCUUAUUCAGCAUAAAGUCAUCCACACUGGAGAGAAACCUUAUGAAUGUGAUGAAUGCGGCAAGGCCUUCAGGAACAGCUCGGGCCUCAUAGUGCAUAAAAGGAUUCACACAGGAGAGAAACCUUAUAAGUGUGAUGUCUGUGGCAAAGCAUUCAGCUAUAGCUCAGGCCUUGCAGUCCAUAAGAGCAUUCACCCAGGAAAGAAAGCCCAUGAAUGCAAAGAGUGUGGCAAAUCCUUUAGUUAUAACUCUCUCCUCCUUCAACAUAAAACUAUCCAUACUGGAGAGAGACCUUAUGUAUGUGAUGUGUGUGGGAAAACUUUCAGAAACAAUUCAGGCCUCAAAGUCCAUCGGAGGCUUCACACCGGGGAAAAACCAUACCCGUGUGAUGUGUGUGGGAAAGCCUAUAUCUCACGCUCUAGCCUUAAAAAUCACAAAGGUAUCCAUCUAGGGGAAAAGCCCUAUAAAUGUAGCUAUUGUGAGAAAUCCUUCAACUACAGCUCUGCCCUUGAACAACAUAAAAGGAUUCAUACCAGGGAGAAACCUUUUGGGUGUGACGAGUGUGGAAAAGCCUUCAGAAAUAAUUCAGGCCUUAAAGUACAUAAACGAAUCCACACAGGGGAGAGACCUUACAAAUGUGAAGAAUGUGGGAAAGCAUAUAUCUCACUCUCGAGCCUUAUAAAUCAUAAAAGUGUGCACCCUGGGGAGAAGCCCUUUAAGUGUGACGAGUGUGAGAAAGCCUUCAUCACAUACCGAACCCUUAUAAAUCACAAAAAAAUUCAUCUUGGUGAGAAGCCCUACAAAUGUGAUGUUUGUGAGAAAUCUUUUAAUUACACCUCACUUCUUUCUCAACACAAAAGAGUACACACUAGAGAGAAACCCUAUGAAUGUGAUAGAUGUGAAAAGGUCUUCAGAAACAACUCAAGCCUUAAAGUUCAUAAAAGAGUACAUACUGGGGAAAAGCCCUAUGAAUGUGAUGUGUGUGGAAAAGCCUACAUCUCACACUCAAGCCUUAUUAAUCAUAAAAGUACCCACCCUGGCAAGACACCCUAUACAUGUGAUGAAUGUGGUAAGGCUUUUUUCUCAAGCAGAACUCUUAUAAGCCAUAAAAGAGUCCAUCUUGGAGAGAAACCUUUCAAGUGUGUUGAGUGUGGAAAAUCUUUCAGUUACAGCUCUCUCCUGUCUCAGCACAAGAGGAUCCAUACAGGGGAGAAACCUUAUGUAUGUGAUGGAUGUGGGAAGGCAUUCAGGAAUAGCUCAGGCCUCACAGUGCAUAAAAGGAUCCACACAGGUGAAAAACCCUUUGGAUGUGAUGAAUGUGGGAAGGCAUACAUCUCACAUUCAAGUCUUAUCAACCAUAAAAGUAUUCACAGUGGAAAUCAGCCCUAUAAUUGUGAGUGUGGAAAGUCCUUCAGUUAUAGGUCAGUCCUUGACCAGCACAAAAGGAUCCACACUGGAAAGAAGCCAUACCGAUGUAAUGAGUGUGGGAAAGCAUUUAAUAUCAGAUCAAAUCUCACGAAGCAUAGAAGAAUCCAUACUGGAGAAGAAUCUUUAAAUGUGACAAAUGUUGAGAGUCAGUGUAGCACAUCCCAGAUGAGAAUCUAUGAGGAAGGGAUUGCUUUGGAUGGGACCAGAAUGAGGAUGCCUCUGUGGGAGGUAGAGUUUACCAAGUCUCAAAGAACUCAUAUUGAAGAGAAACCAUAUGAAUUUAAGAAUUUCUGAGGUCCUAAUUCACAGCUUAUAAUUAUCAUAGUAUAAAUGAAGCCAUCCUAGAUAAUCAUAAAUAACCAUUUCUGUGAUUUUCACAUAUAGCCAGCAAAAGGCGCUAGUAUUGUAUCAAAAUACUAAAAAUAAGCAGAUAUUUUUGGUCCUAAAAUAGGCAGAUGAGGAAAGGACUCCAAUUAGAAUUUACGUAGUCACCAUAUGAACUAUUUGAGUAAAUUUUGUGAGUAGAAAUGUAGGUAAUUCAGGCAUAUCUUUGAAUCCCAGUUAUUACUCUGGUUAGGAAAAGGAAAACAAUCGAAAAAGGACCUCAAAGCAACAGGCAAAUUCAGGGAGAGAUAGGCUUCAGGUAAUAGAGAUUUAUUAGUGAAUUAUACACAGUGUAAUUGAAUAGUUUUGGGAGAUGUAUGACCACUCCUGAACCAAAAUUUAGAUUCCUUGUAGAAAAAAAUAGUCACUCAUUAAAAAUACAAGUUGAAAUUACUAUGCUAAUAUUAUACUUGAAUGGGUGAGACUUUUUUAGUUUCAGAUGAACUUCAAUGAAUAAUGAAUGCAUGAUACAUGAAAACAGGUGGUAUUCAUACAUUAUAAUAAAUUGGCCUAUCAUGGAGGGGAUUUUGGCACCUGUAAUACUUAGUGGAACACAUCUUCAGUGUGAAUUUGCACCUUACAGAAUUGAUUCAGGGAUUCCUGUGAGUGGGAAUGUUGAACAGGAUGGCAUUUUAUUAUAAGAACUAAAAUGCUAAGUACCUACCAGUAAUUGAGAGAAUAGGAAAUCUGUUUCUUUAUACUUCUGUUAAGUGUUUGGGAAUUCAAUGUAAAGAUUUCUUGUACCAUGUGUGUACUGUGUAUUGUCUCUUGUAAAAUAUGAAGACUUUGUUCAGGGCUCAGUCUGUGUCUUGCCAGAUAGUUGUGGCAAGAUAAAGUGGAACUCCAAUAAAGAAAUUCUUUAAAUGUAAACAAA